AUGACAAAGCUCCGGGGGGGAGCGGAGUGGCGCGGCGCGCUCAGCCCGUACAGAGAGUCCGGAGCCCGGCUACAGAUCUCAGCCCCGCCGCGGUGCACCGGGACCUCCGAGGAAACUUUACACCCAAACUCCGGGGUCAUAGACAGGGUUUUGGCGCAACACAGCGGGGUUAUGGGGAGUGUGUUACCACAGCUAACCGGCCCCGCAGAGAAACCUGUACCCGGACUGAUGAACGAGCCUCGGGUCGGGACUCGCAGUGCCUCCCGACUCCCCGCGGAUCAGCACGCUGGAGAAUGGGCGCCGAACGUGGGCAAGAAGAAGAACUAUCAGCGCUACCCGAAACCUCCGUACUCUUACCUGGCUAUGAUCGCCAUGGUGAUCCAGAACUCCCCGCAGAAGAAGCUCACUCUGUCCCAGAUCCUGAAAGAGAUCAGCAUGCUCUUCCCCUUCUUCAAAGGGAACUACAAAGGGUGGAGAGAUUCAGUGCGGCACAAUCUGUCCUCCUACGACUGCUUCGUCAAGGUGCUGAAGGAUCCGGGGAAGCCUCAGGGAAAGGGGAAUUUCUGGGCUGUGGAGGUGAGCAGGGUCCCUCUGGAACUGCUAAAGAGGCAGAACACAGCCGUGUCCAGGCAAGAUGAAACCAUCUUCGCCCAGGACCUGGCACCCUACAUCCUGCAAGGGCACACUCCUGUUCAGCAAGAUGAACCACAGCCUACCGCGCCUGACCUGUCUAUCUGUCGCCCGUCUCCCACUCCGGAAGACCUUUAUCGUCCCAAACUGGAUUCGUCCUUCGCUAUCGAUUCACUCUUGCACAGCUUUAGACCAGCAGAUGCUCUUAGGGGUCGAAGUGAUGGAUGGGGGGAGUCGAAUCAUCGCUCACCACGCCCUCGAUAUUUGUCGUCCAAUCGGAGUGCAUCAGCCAGCUCUGCUAGUCCUGUGUCUUCCUCAUCAUCAGAUGAAGAUUGGAGAGGGAUGACGCGAUUCGAGGCGGGGAAACGAGGAACAGAUGCAGGACAUCACGGAGCUGACAGAUAUGAAGAUUAUUUCCCGCCAAGCAAAACAGCAAAGCGCAGUGGUUCAGCGCCGCCUCCUUGGGAGCUGCCAACUUCUUACGCCAAGUACACCCCCCCGAAUGCUGUAGCCCCGCCCAGUAUGCGUUUCAACACAAAUCCUUUUGUCCCUCUUGGCUCUGUUCCAUUCUACAGCCAUCAUGUCGCACCCAAUCACUUCGGUACUCGUUCUUACUGGCCCUUGAUAUCCAGUGGGCGUGUUUCAUUACAAGCUCCACCUCUGCUAAUGGACUUGGACACUAUGUUGCAGUCAGUUCCACCCAACAAGAGUGUAUUUGAUGUGCAUACAUCAACAAAUCAAUAUGGACCUCCAUUUAGCAAGUAUUCCUAG